AUGAGGGAGCUCCUUUCUGAUCACUCCUGUCCUUGGAAGCAGGUUUUGAAUCUUCACCUGUGCAAGACCAUUAAAACCAAACUGUGGCCAGGGAAAGAACGUGCUUGGAUUAUUACAUUUCCAGAAAAUUGUAAUUUCAGGUAUAUACCAGAAGAAGUGAUAGCAAAAGUACUGAGGUAUUUGACAUCUAUUGCGAGGCAAAAUGGAUCUGACUCCCGGUUUACCAUUAUUCUUGAUCAAAGAUUGGCUACAUGGUCUUCUUUCAAAAUCUGUCUCCAAAUAAUAUCUGCUUCCUUCCCUGGGAAUUUACACUUGGUAUUGGUUCUGCGUCCAAUCACUUUUCUUCAACGAACUUUCACAGACAUUGGAUUUCGAUUUCGUCAGGAAGAUUUUAUGCUCAAACUACCGGUUGUUAUGCUGAGCUCAGUUGUUGAUUUGCUGACAUACAUUGAUGAUUAGCAUUUAACCCCUGAGUUAGGCGGCACCUUGCAGUACUGCCACAGUGAAUGGAUCAUCUUCAGAAAUGCUAUAGAAAAUUUUGCCCUUACAGUGAAAGAAAUGGCUCAAAUGUUACAGUCCUUUGGAAUUGAACUGGCUGAGACAGAAUUACCUGAUGAUAUUUCUUCAAUAGAAGAAAUUCUUGUAAUUUGUACUGAAAGGUAUCACCUGUUGAAGAAUGAUAUUACGGCUAUAACCAAAGAAGGAAAACUUCUGCUAACAAAUCUGGAAGUGCCUGACACUAAAGAAUCUGUCAGUAUAAGACUUGAACAUCAUCAGCAAAUAAGUGGUGACUGGCAAACUGUUAAUAAAUUGCUGACUCAAGUACAUGAUAUGAAAAUCGCUUUUGAUGAAUUUUGGGAAAAACACCAACUGAAAAUGGAGCAGUAUCUGCAACUAUGGAAGUUUGAGCAGGAUUUUCAAAAGGAUCUGUUAGCAAAGGCACAGUUUGUGAUUUUACAUGGACACAGACUUGCAGCAAAUCGCCAUUACGCACUUGAUUUGAUUUGCCAGAGGUGCAAUGAGCUACGUCUUUCUAAUAUGUUGGUUAAUGAGAUCAAAGCCAAACGGAUGCAACUCAGCAGGAUCUUCAAAAUGCAUAAACUUCUACUGCAGGCUCGUCAGUACUGUGAUGAAGAAGAAUGUCUUCUACAUAAUCAGGAAAUAGAUAAGUUUCAGUCUAAAAAAGAUGCUCAAAAAGCCCUCCAAGAUAUCGAACAUUUUCUUGACAUGGCUCAGCCCUUUAUAAAUUAUGAUAAUAAAACCCUACAGUAUGAAUUUGAUGUAAUUUUAUCUCCUGAAAUAAAGGUAACAGGCUUCUUUUAA